AUGGAAAUCUGUCUGACUUUUAUUCUUCUCUCAUCCACACUCACACUCACAGCAGCUGACAGUGUGAGGUUGGUGAAUGGUGGAAGUCGCUGUGCUGGGAGAGUGGAGGUUCUUCAUGGUGGUCAGUGGGGAACAGUGUGUGGUGAUGACUGGGAUGAGGUCGAUGCUGCAGUGGUGUGUAGAGAGCUGCGCUGUGGGGAGGCUGUAAAUGCUGUGGGUUCUGCUCACUUUGGACCAGGAUCAGGACCAAUUUGGAUGGAUGAUGUGGCCUGUAGUGGAUCAGAGUCGACACUGAAGGACUGUAGAUCACAAGGGUGGGGGACUCAUAACUGUGGUCAUCAUGAAGAUGCUGGAGUCACCUGCUCAGGUCACAGAAUGUCGAGACUCACUGCUGGUCCUCACCAGUGCUCUGGGAGAGUGGAGGUGUUUCAUGGAGGUUCCUGGUCCACAGUGUGUGAUGCUGACUUUGACCAGCAGGAUGCAGAGGUUGUGUGUCGAGAGCUGGACUGUGGGAUUCCUGUGGAGGUUCUGGGAUCAGCUGCUUUUGGACGAGGGGAGGGUCAGGUGUGGACAGAGGAGCUUCAGUGUAGAGGAACUGAAUCUGACAUUACCUUCUGUCCAACAUCAUCUUCACUCAAACACUCACACUGUUCCCAUGACAACGAUGUGGGAUUAAUAUGUUCUGGUCACACAGAGGCGCGGCUGGUGAACGGACCGGACUCCUGUUCUGGUCGAGUGGAGCUCCAGUACCUCGGUGAGUGGGGCACAGUUUGUGCUGUAGGCUGGGAUAUGAGAGCUGCAGAUGUUCUGUGUGCACAGCUGGAUUGUGGGAGAGCUGUGGCUGUGGUGGAGGUGGACUGGUUUGGGGAGGGGAGUGGCCACAUCUGGGCUGAUGUGUUUGAUUGUCAGGGGAAGGAGACACACCUAUCACGAUGUGGUGUCUCAUCAUGGAGUCGAGCUGCAUGCUCUCAUAAACACGACGCUGGAGUCAUCUGUAAUGGAUCAUCCAUGGUGUUUCAUGAGGGGCGAGUGCAGUUGUCUGGAGGGAGAGAGUGUCAGGGGGAGGUGGAGAUUUAUUUCAGGCAGGACUGGAGGAGAGUUCUCCUGGACUCGUGGAGUCUGUCUGAGGCGUCUGUGCUCUGCAGACAGCUGGGCUGUGGCUCUGUGCUGAACUACCGCUCCUCUCCAUCCACCACUGAACACAAACACAUGUGUGUAACGGGUUUCAGCUGCUCUGGGAGUGAAGCUCAUCUGGGGAACUGCAGCAGGCCACAAGCUGAACCUGUCAACUGCAGCUCUGAGGAACAGCUCUACAUCACCUGCUCAGGUAAACAUAAUAAAGACCCCCGCUCCAUCAGGUUGGUUGGUUCUGGGGGAGACUGUGCAGGAAGGCUGGAGGUUUUCCACAGCGGCUCGUGGGGGACAGUGUGUGAUGACUCGUGGGAUAUUGAGGAUGCCCAGGUGGUGUGCAGACAGCUGCAGUGUGGAGUGGCCCUCAGUACCCACAUACCAGCCUGGUUUGGUCCUGGAACUGGGUCCAUAUGGCUGAAUGAGGUGGAGUGUGAGGGGAACGAGACGUCCCUGUGGAACUGCAGAUUUCAGCUGUGUGAAGAGGGUGAAUGUGGACACCAUGAGGACGUAGGAGUCGUCUGCUCAGAGUUUAAAGAGAUCCGACUCUCAGAGGGCUGUGAGGGGAAUCUGGAAGUGUUCUACAAUGGAACCUGGGGUAAUGUGUGUUACAAUCAGAUGGAUGAUGAGACGGUAAACACGGUGUGUCGAGAGCUGAACUGUGGAAGACGAGGCAGUCUGUCAAACACUGAAGCACGAGUAAAAUCUGCUCCUAAUUGGCUGGAUGAACUGAAAUGUAGGAAACACGACUCUAAUCUGUGGCAGUGUCCAUCUUCACCCUGGGGACAGAACAGAUGUGAUAAUCGUGAUGAAGUGGCUCGUAUUACCUGCACAGAAGAUGGAACGUCUCUACGUACUCAUGGGACAUGUUCAUCAUUUCCUCUUCAGAAAUACUGCUCAAAGCACUGGUCUCUCAGGCUGAGUGGAGGAAAGGGAAGCUGCUCUGGGAGGUUGGAGGUGUAUCAUAACUCUACGUGGGGCUCCGUUUGUGAUGAUCGGUGGAACAUCAGGAACGCUCAGGUGGUGUGCAGACAGCUGGGCUGUGGGUCGGCGCUGAGUGCUUAUAGGAAUGUUUGGUUGGGUUCUGGUGAAGGGACUAUCUGGAUGAACAGAGUGAAGUGUCGAGGGGAUGAGAUUCACCUGUGGGACUGUCAUCAUUCCCUGAAGAACCACACUGACUGCUCUCAUGCUGGAGUCACCUGUGCAGACAUAUCCACCAUGUCCACUGCUACACCCACCACCACCACCACCACCACCACCACCACCGCCGCAAAAUCAGUAAGUCCACCCACCCCUCCACUGGUUCUCUUUGUGUUGGGAACGCUGCUCUUCCUGGCCUUAGUGCUUCUGCUGGUACUGUUUUACCAGAACAGAGUUCUCAGGAGAGUUGUCUCUAGGACGAGGCGUAAGACUGAGUCUGAGGCAGUCUAUGAGGAGAUCAACCACAGAUACAUGGCUAGAAGAAUCACGAGCUUCACUCAAAGAGGAAGUCUCCUCUCUGAAGAACAGCAUUCUGGGUAUGAGGAUGUGGAUGAUGAGCUUCUCUCAGAGGAUGAAGCUGAGAAUUAUGAUGACGCCAUUACAGCUGAUCAGAAGUCAGUUAUACUGACAGAGGACGUGUCCGAGAACUAUGAUGAUGCAGUUACCACUGAAACAAACCCAAACAUCAUCACAGACAAUCCAGAAGAUUAUGAUGAUGUCAUCACUGAGGAACAGGAUGUAGGAGAGACAGAAGAAUAUGAUGAUGUGGAAGAGAAAUCUCAGAAAGACAGGGACCAUUCUCUUGAACAACUUCAUCACAACGGAGAUCAGGGCUACCAGGCGAUAGUCAUUGAGGCGGGCAGGCUGUGGUUUCUUUGUGACAAGAACAAUGACUGCUUAAAGCACAUGGGGAUUAUAGAUGGUUCCAGGAAGAGGUUGAAUAUCUCCAUGAAGACAGGCACUAGCUUGUCAGAGCAGGCCUUCUGGACCCGACCCGUGAUGCCAUCUGGUCCUGCUGACUUCCAGCUCAGUCAGCCCGCCAUGCUACCUUCCGGAGAGGUCCCAGGAGUGCUCUGCAAUGUUAUCGCCAGUAUCAGCUGUCUUGCCUGGCCAUUGAGCUUACUGAUUUCCUGGAACACCUAUCUGAAUCCUAGUCAAGAUCAAGGCAACGACCCUAAGCACACAGCCAAGAUAACAAAGGAGUGGCUUUGGGACAACUCUUUGAAUGUCCUUGAGUGGCCCAGCCAGAGCCCAGACUUGAGCCCGAACAAACAUCUCUGGAGAGAUCUGAAAUUGGCUCCCCAUACUGGAGUAGAGGAUGAUAUCAUCCUCCUGCUUAACAGAGCUUACACCCACUUUGAGGAGGCAGGCUGUAUUAGGAAAGGCCAGGAGGCUGAGUACAGGAGUGUGGUGGACAGCUUUGUGGAGUGGUGUGGACAAAAUCAUUUGCAACUUAAUGUCUCAAAGACAAAAGAGCUAGUGGUGGAUUAUAGGAAGCAGAGGACUCACCCUAGCUCAAUCAGCCUCAUGGGCACUGAGGUGGACAUUGUGGACAACUAUAAGUAUCUUGGUGUCUACAUGGACAACAAGCUGGAAUGGACCAAAAACACUGAUGUACUGUUUAAGAAAGGUGAUCCAGGAAGAGUCGACCCACCAGAGGACUACGAUGAUGCCGUCACUGCUGGACCGAUCCCUGAUCACGUGGAUGAGGAUGAAGCUGAGAAUUAUGAUGACGCCAUUACAGCUGAUCAGAAGUCAGUUAUACUGACAGGUUCUAAGAGACUCACUGCUGGUCCUCACCGGUGCUCUGGGAGAGUGGAGGUGUUUCAUGGAGGUUCCUGGUCCACAGUGUGUGAUGCUGACUUUGACCAGCAGGAUGCAGAGGUUGUGUGUCGAGAUGCUAUCCUAAAUCCAGUCUCGUUGAGUUCUCCCAGUCAGAAAGUCCAGGAAAAUACCAGCAGAAGCACUAAGGCCAGGAAGAGCAGCGUUCCCAACACAAAGAGAACCAGUGGAGGGGUGGGUGGACUUACUGAGGUCAAAAACACAGAAGAGGAUCUUGAUACGACGCUGUGA